AUGCUCAUGAUACAAUGGAACAAUUGGACCAGUAACUCUGACUUCAUCCUCUUAGGAUUAUUUGACCACAGCUCUCUUCACACUUUUUUCUUUUCCCUCAUCCUGGGUAUCUUCUUCAUGGCCUUCAUAGGAAAUUCUAUCAUGGUGAUUCUCAUCUACCUGGAUGCCCAACUCCACACCCCCAUGUACAUCCUUCUCAGUCAACUUUCUCUCAUGGAUCUCAUGCUCAUCACUACCACAGUACCCCAGAUGGCCUUCAACUUCCUUUCUGGUAACAAGUCCAUCUCCAUGGCUGGCUGUGGACUCCAGAUAUUUUUCUAUGUAUCUCUACUUGGAGCUGAGUGUUUUUUGUUGGCUGCAAUGGCCUAUGACCGUUAUGUAGCUAUUUGCUACCCAUUAAGGUACCCUAUUCUCAUGAGUCACAAAAUAUGUGGCCUCAUGGCUGCCUCCUCUUGGAUUCUUGGCUCUCUUGAUGGUAUAAUAGAAGUUGCAGCUGCAUUGUCUUUUUCAUAUUGUGGUGCCAGAGAAAUACCUCAUUUUUUCUGUGAUGUUCCUGCCUUGCUCACUCUUUCAUGUAGUAAUACCUUGAUAUUUGAAAAGAUUAUAUUUUUCUGCUGUGUAAUUAUGCUUACUUUACCUGUAGCAAUCAUUAUUGCUUCAUAUACUCGUGUGAUUCUGGCUGUCCUUCAUAUGGGCUCAUCUGAGAGUCGCCAUAAAGCUUUUGCCACCUGUUCCUCUCACCUCAUGGUGGUGGGAAUGUACUAUGGGGCAGCCAUGUUCAUAUACAUGCGGCCCUCUUCUGGUCGUUCUCCCACCCAGGACAAAAUAGUGUCAGCUUUCUACACGAUCCUUACUCCAAUGUUGAACCCCCUCAUUUAUAGCCUCCGGAACAAAGAAGUAGCCAAAGCAUUCAGGAAAGUGUUAGGGAUUGAUAAGGUAGCAGCAUGA